GCGGACUCCUCAGAAUGGUUUGAACCGGCCGAAGACGCGAACGUAUCUGGUAGACGCCACCGAAAAACAACAUCAUCAAAGCCUCAGAAAACGCAGCCUCAUCGAGCAGUUAAGACGAAUAAGCCCUCCCAAGGGGGCCCUAGCAGAGUGCAAGUGCAGAAGACGCAAAAACCCCAAAAAACUGUGGUUUUUGGCGAUGUAUAUAUCAUUACUAUGAACCCUUGUCUAGACCAGCCCGCGCCACCAUUCGGGAAGGUAGGCUCAUCAAGUAGAACUGCAAAUAAUUGCGGAGCUCGAUUAGGGGAACUUCAGACUGGAAACCCUCACCAAUUGACAUGUAGCCAUACGUUUUCUGUUACCGAGAAUCAACGAACAGCGGAAAAUCGGGUCAAAAGACAAUUGAGAACAGACGGUCUUGAUAUUUAUCCGAGUUGUCGAGGAGGAACCGAAUGGUUUUCAUUUCCCGGAAGCGGAGUACAGAGUUUGGCAGCCAGAGUCAGAGAAAUAUUAAACGAUGCAGGUGUUUUGGCACCGAGAAGUGACUGGGUUGAAUCAUCCAUCAAUCCUAGUCUUUCUCCAAAUCAAUCCCCGCAGUUCGUUUACAACUCAAAGUGGCGACAAGUUCCCUGCAAAGGAGAUGAAUUACAGCAUAUUACAUAUAAUUGUAAAUGA